GAAUAUAUUUUCAAAGAAAAUAACCGAAAAAUUUACUUAAUUAUACAAACAAAUGUCUGCGAUAAGGAUGUCAAACAACUAUACAAGUGCUGAAAAGUCUAAAAUUCGACGACGAUUAGCUGCUGUCUCAUUUUUAUCAAAUAUAUCACUUGAUGGAACUCAUCGCGAUACGCCUUUUGGCACACAUGCAAUUUCAACACAUCAUAGUUCACGGAGAGCAUCAAAGAGGAUUCUUCAGCAUGACAGCGAGACAGAGUUUAUGUUGGACAAGAUGAAUAGACAAAUUCAAGAGGCUGACCGACUCUCGAUAAGCUCUGAUUCAGACUGUGCGAAGCUUUCGUCGUCUGUUCCGAAAGGAAUUUUUAAUUCAAUCAUAAAUUUUCAACCAUACAGGGAACGUGGCAGAACCAUCAGCAGUUCCAACGAAACGAUAGCCGAACGUCGACAAGCAUUGCUACUUAAAAAGGCUCUUUGUACUUGUACAGCACCACAUAAUUUCAAUAAUGCAACAUCCAGCACAGAGUCCUUAUCACGUAUAAAAUGUGUUCACAUUCAUGAGCCAACACCGCCAUUGCGGAACGGUCAUUGCCUCACAAUCGAGGAAACUCGUUGCAUUAUUACAACACAUCAGAAGCCGCUGCAUAUAUUUUCAAUAAUUCCAUUCCGUAAAAGGAUAUCGAGUGCAAUAACUAGAAGUAAUGCAAAAUUAGAUGUACGUGGAAGUGGUGCAAGAAGACGUCAGACAUCAACAUCGAGACCAAUGUCGAGCACUGCCGAAAAUCAGCCAUUCGAUCCGUUUAAUUUAUUAGGUAUUGAGAGAAGAUUAGAUGGACAAGCUGAAGUAUCUUAUGGACAUCUUUUAGUACCAUCGAAACCAAACAGUGGGAGUGGUUCAAAAGUUCCGCGACACCAUCACGAGCAUUUAGAUACCUUAGUUCUUAAAAAUCAUGGAAUGAUUCGUUACAUCAGUCAUGUUGAUGAAGUCGAAGACGAACCUUACUCAGCUGACCUUUUGGAUGAUCCAGAACUUUCAGCUGGGCGACAUCGUACGCUUCUUACAUUUACAAGCUAUCUUACUAGUGUCAUUGACUAUGUACGACAAGCAGACCUUAAAAAGGAAUUGAAUGAUAAAUUUCGAGAAAAGUAUCCUCAUAUUCAAUUGACAUUGAGUAAACUAAGAUCAAUAAAGAGAGAUAUGAGACGGAUUAAUAAGCUUGAUCCUAGAAUUGAUUUGCUGACCGUUGCUCAGGCUUAUGUAUAUUUUGAGAAGCUCAUUUUGGCAGGGUUAAUUAACAAAAUCAAUCGGAAAUUGUGUGCUGGUGCAUGUCUGUUGCUCAGUGCUAAACUAAAUGAUGUUAAAGGAGAAGUCUUGAAAGGUUUGAUUGAGUCUCCUCGCUGUGUCAUCGAGACAUCAAUUGUAUUUUUCCUAAUAUUCGUCUUCACUCUUAUGGUAAUGAUGAAGGUUAUCGAAUACAACAACGAACCGCUACGCGUUGACCAAAACUUUAUAUAUUUUGAACCAUUGUCAUCAUUUUUUCGUUCCGAACAUAAUAAAGGGAAUAUAAAAGUUGAUUGGCAUGACUAUAUUGCCAUCAAUCUAGAAAAGUCACGUACUGGUCCUGGUGAGAGUGGAAUGGGAAUUGAUAGUGUCCCUGAAGAUGAAGACGAACUGAAUCAACGAUUGUUUGAUGAAAAUGGAUAUUAUGGACUAAUAUCUGAUAAGAUUUCAGUCAACAGGAGUGUUGUGGAUUUAAGACAUAAGGAUUGUUGGAAGAUUAGAUAUCUGAAAGAUUUACCAACAGUCAGUGUCGUUAUUCCAUUUUAUAAUGAACAUUUGAGUACUUUAUUGAGGACAAUCCAUUCAGUUAUUAAUAGAAGUCCACCAGAGCUACUUAAGGAAGUAGUUUUAGUCAAUGAUCGAUCAACCAAAGAAUUUUUAUACGAUGAACUCAAAUCUUAUCUAUCACAAAAUUUUCCAAAAAAUCUCGUCAAACUUUUUGAACUUCCAGCAAGGUCAGGCUUAAUUGCUGCAAGAUUAACUGGAGCACGUGUAGCAAUUGGUGAUGUUCUCAUCUUUUUAGAUUCUCAUACAGAACCAAAUGUAAAUUGGCUACCUCCAAUGCUCGAGCCCAUAGCCGUAAACUAUGUGAUUCAGGAUGAAGGAUCUCGUGGGGAAAUUGGUGGUUAUGAUAACAAAUUGGAUAUAUGGGGAGGUGAACAGUAUGAAUUGAGUUUUAAAAUAUGGCACUGUAAUGGUGGUAAUGGCGGAAUCUAUGACGUUCCUUACUCAAGAGUUUGA